CGCAACCUCCAUACUACAUGGUCCUAAAAGACGUAGUGGGCAGUCAGGAUUUAACAGAGGGAGAAACGGCUCGACUCAUCUCUCCCUGCUAUCCACUGUCUACGACGUUAGAUAUGACUUUCUAUUACCAUAUGUACGGGGAGGACAUGGGCACAUUAAAUGUAUACGUAGUCGGCUGUGACGUCACUAGUUUUAGUGAUCCGGUUUUCACUAGGUCAGGAAACCAAGGAGAUGAAUGGAUAGAGGGGACAAUUAAUUAUGACAUCUCGAGCAUAGAUGGUAAUAUUAAGAUUGUUUUUGAAGCAAUAAGGGGCGCAUCAACCGCUAGUGUCAUCGCCAUUGAUGACGUGUCUAUUGUCG